AUGUGGUGGGCUGUUGAAAGAGGAAGCACAGCGCUUUCUGCUGCCUUUGUCAAAAAACUGAAGAAGAAUGAGGACAGACGGACCACUGAAGGUAUGAUAGGAAACUCCAGUGUGCUGUCUGCAGUCCUGACUGUUGUGUCAGUGCUGUCGCUGAGUCUGCUCGCUCUUUUCUGUGUGAGAUGCAAAAAGAAACCAAAGACCAUUCACGAAGAGCAUCAAAUCUACAACCCACAGACAUUUCAGCGUGCGGGGAGCAGGUUUGCUGUGACACGAUCCAAAACAGUCACAAGAGCCAAUCAGAUGACUAAAACCCCUGAUGAUACUGGUGAACAGUUUGAGGAAUUUACAGCUGAAUCAACUGAUGGUCCAUCAGACUAUAUGAAUAUCAUCGAUGCUUUCACAGGAACAGCUGAACAUACGUAUGUAGCUCCACUCCCGGUGGCGGUGUAUGCAAAUGAUGAGAGGAACGAACAGACUGGUUCCAAUCUGGAUCCAGGCGACUACGAAAACAUCCAGAAAGACGACGACGACUAUGAAAACUCAGAGUUCCUGAAAAAGCAGGAGGAUGAAGAGCCAGAUUAUGUGAAUGAGAACGGUGACUGCUCCUGAUGUGAACAUGAGCCCACGCUCAGAGCUCUCUGUGUAAAACUGACAAAAAACUUUUAUCAUUCAUUUCUAAUUUCAUGUGAGAUGUGCUAUGAAGUGGAAAACAGUGAACACAUUGCUUAUGGACAAGACUGCCAUCUAGUGGUAAAAAAUAAAUAUAUAAUGCAUUUAACAAAUAAAGGGACUGACUUCUGA